AUGUCUUCUCAACUCGCCCCCUACAAGCAAGAAUUCUUGCAGGCCGCCAUCGCUGGCGAGAUCCUCAAGUUUGGCAGCUUCGAGCUCAAGUCAAAGCGCAUCUCACCCUACUUCUUCAACGCCGGCCUAUUCCACACUGCCCGUCUCGCCGGCGCCAUUGCUACUGCUUUCGCCAAGUCCAUCUCUGAGGCUCAGCAAGAGACCGGCCUUGACUUCGACAUCAUCUUUGGUCCCGCUUACAAGGGCAUCCCUCUUGCGUCCUCCAUCGCUGUCAAGCUCGGCGAGAUCGCCCCUGAGAACCUCGACCGUGUCUCUUACUCUUUUGAUCGCAAGGAGGCCAAGGACCACGGUGAGGGCGGUAACAUUGUCGGUGCGCCUCUGAAGGGAAAGAAGAUCCUCAUCGUUGACGAUGUCAUCACUGCUGGAACUGCCAAGCGUGAGGCCAUCGACAAGAUCCGAAAGGAGGGCGGUAUCGUCGUUGGUAUCGUCGUUGCCCUCGACCGCAUGGAGAAGCUCCCUGCCACCGACGGUGAUGAGUCCAAGCCUGGCCCCAGUGCCAUUGGCGAGUUGCGAAAGGAGUAUGGCAUUCCCAUCUUCGCUAUCCUGACCCUCGAUGAUAUCAUUGCUGGUAUGAAGAGCUUUGCUUCAGAGGACGACAUCAAGCGAACUGAGGAGUACCGUCUCAAGUACAAGGCCAGCGACUAA